GCGAUGACAAAUUUCCUGAUGGACAGUUUCAUGAUGUUCUUAGGACACCUCUUGUCAAACAGUUCAUACCCAGUGCCGCAACGAGCCAUUGGGGUGGGCAGUGCCUUUGAAGGUUGGAGUCCCCGGGAGGAGGAUGUGGUGUACCGUGUCCUUGUACCUCUCACUCCUCCCCCAAGCCACACCUUCCAUCUGGAGAUGGACACCUCAGGGCAGUUGCCCGGUAGGAACUUCUUCAUCCGCAUGGAGCCGGUGUGCACCUGCCCAAGGGAGCAGCAGGAUGAGAACGUGCUGUGCUCCCUCCACCACCCAGAAGAAGAGCAGAGGAGGAAUGAGGAGCCCAACUUCCUAAACACCCUCUGCACCGGCUCCUACCUGGAUGUGGAGAAAACUGCCCGCUGGUUCUACCAGUUGGUGAGAGCGUCCUGGCCGGCUUCUCAGUCACACAGUUGGCAAUUAGUGCUGCUGCCCUCCAGCCGCUGCUGCAAAUUCAAGGUGACCAGAGGCAGAGAGAGCCUGACGGUUGAGCUGCUCUUAGGAGUGCAAGUAGGCAAUUCAGACAUCUAUGUGAGCAGCCAGCCUACAGAGGCCCUCUUCACCCCAAGCACAAUGUGGCCUGAGACCUACGCCGUGGCAGAGAUGAAAUUCUUCAGUCUCAUUACCCGUCAGGCUCCACCUAACAGCUGGCACCUCAAGUGCCUGCAUGUCUUGGCCCGAGCUCUUCUGGGCAUAGGCUUCUCCACCUAUACCCUGAAGACCAUUGUGAUGCACCUCCUGAACACCGUACCUCUGUCAGGCUGGCGCAUGACGCAUUUCCGGCAGCGGCUGGAGGAUGCCAUGCAGUACCUGCACGGCUCCCUGGAGGAGAAACGCCUUGACCACUUUGUUGUGGGCAACGGACUUCCUCAGGAGAUUCUCUUGCCCCCAGAUGUCAAAACCGCCGAGCCACCCAACCUCUUCCAAUCGCCUGGCACAGGAUCGGCCGCCCACACGCAGGCAAUGAACGAGUGCCGUGAACUGGGACAUCGGCUCUCAAGAAUGCUGCACGACGGCCGUUGAAAGAAGUCUUCCUGCACACAGCUGUGCUUGGGGGGCUCACAGCU